AUGGGCAUGAAACACUCCUCCCGCUGCCUGCUCCUAAGGAGGAAAAUGGCGGAGAACGCGGCCGAGAACACCGAGGUGAGCAGCCCACCCUCUCAGCCCCCGCAGCCCGUCGUCCCAGCCAAGCCUGUGCAGUGUGUCCACCAUGUGUCCACUCAGCCCAGCUGCCCGGGACGGGGCAAGAUGUCCAAGCUGCUGAACCCGGAGGAGAUGACCUCGCGGGACUAUUACUUCGACUCCUAUGCCCACUUUGGGAUCCACGAGGAGAUGCUGAAGGACGAGGUGCGGACGCUCACUUACCGGAAUUCCAUGUAUCACAACAAGCACGUGUUCAAGGACAAGGUCGUGCUGGACGUGGGGAGCGGCACUGGGAUCCUCUCCAUGUUUGCUGCCAAAGCAGGGGCCAAGAAGGUGUUCGGGAUUGAAUGCUCCAGUAUUUCUGACUACUCAGAGAAGAUCAUUAAGGCCAACCACUUGGACAACAUCAUCACCAUAUUCAAGGGGAAGGUGGAGGAGGUGGAGCUGCCCGUGGAGAAGGUGGACAUCAUCAUCAGCGAGUGGAUGGGCUACUGUCUGUUCUAUGAAUCGAUGCUCAACACCGUCAUCUUCGCCAGGGACAAGUGGCUGAAACCUGGAGGGCUUAUGUUUCCAGACCGGGCAGCAUUGUACGUGGUAGCAAUUGAGGACAGACAAUACAAGGACUUCAAAAUCCACUGGUGGGAGAAUGUCUAUGGCUUUGACAUGACCUGCAUCCGGGACGUUGCCAUGAAGGAGCCCCUGGUGGACAUCGUGGACCCAAAGCAAGUGGUGACCAAUGCCUGUUUAAUAAAGGAGGUGGACAUCUACACGGUGAAGACGGAGGAACUGUCCUUCACAUCCGCCUUCUGCCUGCAGAUACAGCGCAAUGACUACGUCCACGCCCUGGUCACCUAUUUCAAUAUCGAAUUUACCAAGUGCCACAAAAAAAUGGGGUUUUCCACAGCCCCUGACGCCCCCUACACCCACUGGAAGCAGACUGUCUUCUACUUGGAAGACUACCUCACUGUCCGGAGGGGGGAGGAGAUCUACGGGACCAUAUCCAUGAAGCCAAAUGCCAAAAACGUGCGAGACCUCGAUUUCACAGUAGACUUGGAUUUUAAGGGACAGCUGUGCGAAACAUCUGUAUCUAAUUGCUACAAAAUGCGUUAGCACACGUGGGAGGCUGCAGAGAGCGAGCGAGCACGGAAACUCACCUCCAUCUGAGGCGCCGCCACAAGGGACCCUGUUUGCAGGACUACACGCUCCCAACCGGAGUCUGACACUCUGCCCUUGAGAUUGGUGAACUCAGCCGGCCUCCUGAGGGCCCUGCCACUGGACAGAGGGCCUCCAGCUCCUCGGCUCUGCUCUGGGGGCCCUUCUCAGAGGCUCUGUCGUCCCGACAGAGAGCCACGGCCAGCGCGGCAGCCGGGCCCCGAUGGAGGAGUCCACGCGUGUCCCCAUCGUCCUCCUUAACCGUGACUCUCGGACCUUCAAGUUUUGCAUGCUGCAGGCAUCUAGGACAGAUCGCUUCACUAGACCCUGGAGACUAGCGUCUUUGAUAGCAUAAGGCAGACUCUGUGCGCGCGGCGGUGCGCGUGCGCGUGCGCGGACAGCAUACCUAUUAGUUCCUUUACCCGGCACGCUGGUAUGUGCUU